AUGGACAUGCCUAUUGUUGAUGUAUGGGCAAACCCUCCCGGCAUUCAUGUCCCAGAAACAGCACGACUCUUUGCACAGAGUCAUUCGGAUACCGGCCUCGCCAACCGCCGGCACUCCCCCGCCGAGCUGAUUGCGAAGAUGGACGACGCCGGUGUUUCCCAGAUCCUCCUCGCAGCGUGGAACCGACCCGGCUCAACCAUAUUCUCCAACGACCAGGUCGCCACGUACACCCGCGCGUACCCCAACCGCAUAUUCGGUCUGGUAUCAGUCAAUCUCCACGACCCCGUCUCCGCGGUCAGGGAGCUGGAGCAUUACGUCCGGGCCGAAGGCUUCAAAGGGCUACGAGUCGUGCCCUGGCUGUGGAAUCUGCCCCCCACUGACGCCCACUACUGGCCCCUUUACGUCAAGUGCAUCGAGCUCGAUGUUCCCUUUUGCACGCAGAUUGGGCACACUGGCCCUCUGCGUCCCAGCGACGUUGGCCGGCCCAUUCCCUACAUUGACGAGCUUGCCUUGGAGUUCCCUGCCCUGAAAAUUGUCGGCGGUCACCUGGGAUAUCCGUGGAUGGCCGAGGCCGUGUCAGUUGCCUGGAAACAUGAAAAUGUCUACAUCGAUACCAGCGCAUGGUCGCCGAAAUACUACCCGCCCGAGUUUUUCGUCUUUGCCAACACGACAGGACGCAGCAAGGUCAUGUUUGGAACCAAUUUCCCGCAACUUGGAUGGAAGGCGUGUGUUGACUCGGUCAAGUCCCUGGGCACGGGAACGGGGACUGGACUAAGGGAAGAUGUUGUUCGUGAUUUCAUGGGAGGAAACGCGAAGCGCGUGUUCAAAUUGCCUGAUACGCCGGGCGAACAGAACAUGUCGCGCCUGUAA